AUGUAUGCAGCACGAGCGCUCCUCCGCUCGCGCCUCGCGCCUCCAUCCACCGUUGCCAAACCAUGUAAAUCCCCAACAUCGGCAUGCUAUCAAGUAUUUGUCCGCCAUACCUCGACGUCCACACAAGACGGUUCGCAGUCCAAAACGCCGGCCCUAGAUGACCUCCUCGGCGCGGAGCAGGUAGGCAAAGCAAAGACCUUGUCCCGCGAAGUGGGCAGAUUGAGCCGCGAGUUGGAUGCUGUGUACUCGCGCCAGCGCGGUCUGAAUCGCGUUUUGAAGGGCCCUCUUACUGUGAGACGUGUAGCUCGAGCGCGGGAGUGGGGGGGUCGGGUUAGUGUGAGGGACGGGAGGGUUUUUGUAGAGAAUAAGGCGUUGAGUGGGGAGGCGGAGAGGGAGAUUCCGAAGAUCUGGUUGCGGGAUAAUUGCCAGUGCGGUGGUUGUGUGCAUGAGACUACGAGACAGCGACUUCUUGAUACGUUCUCGAUUCCAAGCGAUAUUUCUAUCAAGUCGCAUUCUCUCAACACCAACAAUGUUUUGAGCAUCGAGUGGAGCGACGGACACACGAGCGAGUUUACCAGCCAAUUCCUCACCUCGACCGUGAAACCCGACCAUGACAAAGCCAUCAUACGUCAGGGUUUGAAGAACGUAUCCCUCUUCGACGCCAGCAUCGCCUCCUCCCCACCACGCCACACAUACACCGACGAGCGCCCAACCGCCAUCCACACCAUCCUCUCCAAAAUCCGACAACACGGCUUCUGCUACAUCGACAACACGCCACACAGCACGCCCACAGAAACCGAAACCCUCCUCCGCCGCAUAUCCUUCAUCCGCGAAACCCACUACGGCGCCUUCUACGACUUCACCGCCGACCUCGCCUCCCAAGACACAGCCUACACCAACAUCGCCCUCGAAGCCCACACAGACACAACCUACUUCUCCGACCCCGCCGGCCUGCAAGCCUUCCACCUACUCUCACACACGGAGGGCUCAGGCGGCGCCUCCCUACUCGUCGACGGUUUCAAAGUCGCCGCAGACCUGCAGGUCGCAGACCCCCAGGCAUAUCACGUCCUGGCAACGGUAAACGUCCACGCCCACGCCUCAGGCAACGACGGUAUAAGCAUCCAACCCUACCGCGGCUUCCCCGUGCUGGAACACGACCCCGCGACCGGCGCGCUGCUGCGCGUCCGCUGGAAUACGGCGGAUCGCGCGGGCGUGGAGAUGCCGAUUGAGACGGUGGGGACGUGGUAUGAGGCGGCGCGCAAGUUUGAUGCGUUGCUCAAGGAGAAGCGGAAUGAGUACUGGGAGCAGCUGACGCCGGGGCGGGUGCUGAUCUUUGAUAAUUGGCGCGUGUUGCAUGGGCGGAGUGCGUUUACGGGGAAGAGGAGGAUUUGCGGCGGGUAUGUGAAUCGUGAUGAUUGGAUUAGUCGGUUUAAGAUGGGGGAGUUUGGACGGGAGGGGGUUUUGGGAGCGUUGGCUGAGGGGUGA